AUGGAAACACAAUUAUACGGAGGAGCAAUUACAAUCCAAAAACUCCCAGAGUCAUUCAUAGACAUCUCACAAUUUCGACAAGUUCCCAAUAAUCAAGAAUGUUUUAUGCAUCGAAAUCCUCAAGAAUCAACUCUGGGAAAAUAUGAUGAAUCACUUAUAUUCGACUUAUUAGAAUCUGUCACUUGUUCUGAUAUAAAGGAAGCUAUGAAAUUGCAUUUAGAUGAUUUAUUUGAUGAAAAAAGGGAAGAUUAUUUUGUAGAGGAAUUUGAGGGUGGAUGUUUUACGUAUGUCAUACUUAAAGAAGUUGGAUACAAGAAGGUUGAAGUAGAUAAUCCAAAACUGAUUGUUCUGUUUUUCUGUUUGAUUCGAUUGGAAAAAGUGAAUACUGAUGUAUUGAUUCAAUAUAAUGUUCCAUUAAGAAAUGUGCGAAUGAAACCAAUUGAUUUUAAUGGCACUGAUGAUGAAGAAGGUGAGAGAUUGAAGAGGAUUUAUACUCUGUUUAGACAAAUUUCUAUGAGUUUGAAGGUCAAAGAUUGGAGUUUGUUUGGUUAG